UCACUUCCUCCCCGGGUCCUUCCGGCGGGUGAACAAAGAUGGCGGCCUCCGUGUUGUGCAGGAGGGCAGCGGUGUUGUGUCGGACUCUCGCGGGGGUUCCGCCGAACCCUGCGGGCUGUCGGUGCGGGUCUGUGCUGCAGACCGCGUCCUACAACCCCAGACCUCUGCGGCUGAACCUCACCGACCCGCACAUCCCGGACAAGCUCAGCGACAAGACCGCGGAGUGGCAGAAGACGGCCCGGUACGACGGGAAGCUGUUCGGUCGCUACGGGUCCGCGUCGGGCAUCGACCCCGCGUCGCUGUGGCCGAGCCCCGAGCAGCUGGACGGGAUCGUCGAGGAGGAGAAGCAGUGGCAGCCUCCGUUGGAGGCGAUGCUGAGGAGCAUCGAGCUGGAGGAGAAGGAGGAGACCCAGAAACGACUGGCGAAAGAGAAAAUCAUUGCAGCAAACUUGGCCAAAAUGCCCAAGAUGAUCGCAGACUGGCGUCGGGAGAAGCGUGAAACCAAACAGAGGCUGAAGGACGAGAAAGAACGCCGCGGAAAGUUGCUGGCUCAGGCCAGAGAGCGCUUUGGCUACGCGCUGGACCCCCGCAGCCCCAAGUUCUUGGAAAUGGUUGCUGAGAUAGAAAAAGAAGAGAAGAAGAAAAGGAAACUGAUGAAACGCAGACUGAAAGAAGAGCAGGCGGCAGCUCCCGACACACCACCCGCUGCCUCCUCAUAGUCUCAUGACAGAAUUAACUGUUGGGCCUCGGUCUGACUGCGUGAAAUGAAAAGAAAAGUACGACACGGUUGAGUGGGACAGUUGUGAAAGUAUCUGAAGAACAGUUUGAUCCUUGUUUGGUGUCGUUACAGAUGAGAUCAGACAUCUGACCCGAAUCAAACAGAACCUCUCUUCUUCAGUGUAAAUCUUUGUUUGGAUUUGUAAAUCUUUAUUUCGUUGUUUAAGUGGAAACGUCACUGAAAUAAAUUAAUCUCUGUGAAGAUUGAA